AAAAUUUUGUUUUUCCAUUUCACAGAUAUGAUCAUGAAUUACGAAUGUCCAAAUCUCGCGAACAAAACACCUGAUGGCGUUACUUUCAGCAAUUUCUUUGUUUUUGUUUUUUUUCUCAAUCUGACAUGUGAUUGUUGGAUAUUUGAAUUUGACAAACGAAAAAUGAUUAUCAUGUUGAAAAAAUUUUAUAUUUUGCAUCAUUUCAUUUUACCACUAUUAUUACUGCCAUUAUUGUCGAAUUAUUCUGAUGCAGUGAAUCAUGACACAUGCACUAGUAGAAAUGAUUGGUCAAUUGUUGAAAAGAAUAAAUAUCUACCUGAAUUCAAUAUUGAAGAUGAUUUGUAUCGAAAAUGGUCAAAAAUUUUUGACACUAUCCAAUUGGCAUAUCAAAAUUAUUCUGAAUCUUUUGCGAAUAAAAAUGAUGCCACCAGUUGCGAUUUGUUUAUUCCAUUAAUCAAUUCAGAUUUAAGGUAUUUUGAAGAAAAUUUUGGUUCAAAUUUUAUUACCAAAGAAUUUAUCGAUAAAAUGAUUGCUGCUAAACAUGGUGUUCACUAUCAGAUUGUAGGCAAACGUCUUUAUCGUCAAUCAGAUUGUAUGUUUCCUUCUCGUUGUCAAGGUAUUGAACAUUUUAUUCUUGAAAUUAUUGAUCAGUUACCAGAUAUGGAUUUGAUUAUAAAUGUACGUGAUUAUCCACAAGUUGGACGAUAUUUUCCUAAAGAACAACAAUUUCCAGUAUUAUCAUUUUCGAAAGAAGUUUCUUCUUAUGCAGAUAUUAUUUAUCCGGCUUGGACUUUUUGGUCUGGUGGACCUGCACUUGAUAUAUAUCCAAAUGGCAUUGGUCGAUGGGAUUUGAUGCGCGAGAAAUUACUCAAAAUUCAAUGUAAACUUUCGUGGAACAAAAAGAAAAAUGUUGCCUUUUUCCGUGGUUCACGAACAAGUUCACAACGUGAUCCAAUCGUCAUGCUCAGUCGAUCAAGACCAGAUUUGGUGGAUGCGAAAUAUACAAAAAAUCAAGCUUGGAAAUCAAAAGCCGAUACACUAGGAGAUGAUCCAGCCAAAACUGUUUCAUUUGAAGAUCAUUGUGAAUAUAAAUACUUGUUUAAUGUUCACGGUGUUGCAGCCAGUUUCCGUUACAAACAUCUUUUCCUUUGUCGAUCACUUGUAUUGAAUGUUGAAUCCGAAUGGAUCGAAUUUUUCUAUCCACUUUUGAAACCAUGGAUUCAUUAUAUUCCUAUUGAUAAAAAUUUUGAAAAUGUAAUUGAAUUGUUGGAAUUUCUAAACGAAAAUCAAUUGUUAGCAUCAAGAAUUGCUAAACGUGGAUUCGAAUUUAUUCGCGAUCAACUUACAAUGAAAACGAUUCGCUGUUAUUGGCAACAAUUAUUGACAUUAUAUUCUGAUCGUCUAAUUUCAUAUCGACCGUUGAAACCAAAUUCUAGUUUGAUUGAAAUUCAUUAAAAAAAUAAAAUAAAAUAAAAAUAAACUGUGAUAAAUUUCA